ACGUGACCAGUCGCGCUGCCCGUCAGCAGUUUGCAGCAGCGGGACGAAUGACGGCCGAGUUCGAGGAAGUUACUGGGAGCAGCUGUGCUAGCAUGUAACCUCACACGAGUGCAACGGCAUCCGAGAGAGAGAGAGAGGAAGGUCACAGCAUUCAUGGAUAUUGUGGACACCUUUAACCAUCUAAUACCCAGUGACCAGUUGGAUGACUCCCUAAUAAUAGGUCAGAAUUUGGAAUGUGAAGCCAGUAAUGAGUUUGCGGCAGGACUCAGACUGGAAGAUUCACUGAAGAACAUGCUCAGUGACAAAGAUCCUAUGUUUGGAUGUGCAAGCGCUCAGUUCAAUCUUCUGGACAAUGAAGACCCUGCUUUUCAAAUCGCUGGCUCGGCAAGUCAUGAAAGUGGUUCAGCAUCCACAGGCCCCGCGAAUGAAUUGACAGUUGCGGAGACCACACAAAUUAAGCAGCUCACCGACAGGCAGAAGAAACAUCCUCGCAAUUUAGAGUGUGAAGGUAGCGUUGACCAACAGCCUAACAAGCCUACCAACACCAUGUUCCGAGGACGACCACGAAGGAAACCGGCCAACAGGCUACGCAAGUCAUUUCUAAUUGAGAAAGGAGUUAAAGGUACACAGCUGAAGAAAGAAUUAACUCUGGGAGGGCGUGUUAAUAUUAAUGAUUUUGACGGUGGAUUAUGGCUCAAACCUACUGUUGUGCUGAGACGACUGACGGUCACAAUUGGAGGAUUCAGGAUUGAGUUGCUUCCGGGACCCUCUUACACACAGAAUGUUGAUGCCAGCCAGGCUGCGUGCUUCGGCGAUGGUUUUUCUUACGGUGGGGACAUUGGUUUUGCUAUUUUGCCGGAUGAUACUGUCAACGUACAGAAUCCCACCCCAGAGAAUGUGGCAGAUGUGGGUGUAGCUGAGAAGAGCUCUACUGAUGAUGCAGCUCUUGGGCUGGGUCCGUAUGUGAAUCCUAAUGACGUGCAGAACUCCAAUGGGACAUUAACAGAGAGCACCAGCAUGCAAGAGACAAAACCCGACAAUCAGAGUGUUCCUGGAAAGCAAAACCCAGUCAAUAAAGGAAAAGACGGUAUCCAGCAGCCACAGAGCGAUGAGAAUAACACUACUACUGAUAGUAAUAAGACUGCUGUGAAGGAAAAGCAACCAACUGUAGCCAAAACGUUGCCCAAGUCUAAACAAGGACCGUCAGCAAACAAAAAUAAGGAUUUGGUUUCAUUUAAAACAAGCAGCACCAUUAAGGAGCAUAAAGUACCCCAAAACAUGCCAUCCAAAACCAUCCAAAGAGGAGACCUGCACAAAGUGAAAUCUCCAAAGGAAAAGCAAGACAUCGUACCUUUGAAACGGCCUGCAGAAAAUACACAAAGCGAGAUUGCUACGAAAGUGCAAAAGGUACAGGGUACGGGAGAUAAUAAAGUGAAGCCAAAAUCACCAAGUACACCCAAUCCUCUAAUGAAGAAAACUGUAUCCUCUGGUAGCCGUGCUGGUGAUCAGCAGGGCCCAGCCAAACACACAAAUCCCCACAACAGCUCCAAAGUUGAGACUGCUCACCCAGCGCACAGCCAUCCGAGCAAUUCUUUAAAAACACCCGAAGAAGGAGGACAGGAAAAGUCCAAACUGAAAAAGCUUGAAAAGAUUCUUCAAAGACAGAAAAGCAAAAAUGCAAGAAGCAUUUCCGUGGAUGAGCCGCAGCUGUUCAUUCCAGAUAACGCUCCCGUCGUAAAGAAGGAAACCGCUGAGGAGCAACCUGCAAAUAGUGAGACUGCGUGGGACGGAAACAACUGUUGUGGUCUGUGCAAAAACCACCACAAUAACAUGUUUAUGGUGGGCUGUGGUCGCUGUGACGACUGGUUCCAUGGCGACUGCGUUGGUCUUGACCUGACAAAAGUACGUGAAAUGGAGGAGGAGGACCAGAUGUAUGUCUGCUUGAAAUGCUGCGAGGAGGAAAGCAAAAAGGUGGAGCCUGAGCCUCCGAGUGUAGCCAAAGCAGAAGUUCAAGCAAAGACUGAAGUACAGGAUCACAAGCUGCCUCCGAAGCCUCGGCCAGGGUCUUCCCAGCCACUCACAUCAGGGGGAGUCAGACCAGUAAGGAAGGAUCCAGACAGAAGACAGUCCACAGAUGGCAAAGAAGCAGUUCAUAAAGCAGGUGUUCAGCUGAAACAAGAGACGAGACCUAAAACUCUGUCUUCAGCUUCAAAGAAACCCGUGUCUGUGGAGGCAAUCAGGCGAAGUGUACGCGAUUCUCUGAAAGAAAUUCUGUUACAGAGGUUGAAGGACUCUGAUUUGAACAUCUCAGUGGAGAGGGCCUCUGAAGUUGCCAAGAAGACAGAGAGAGAGCUUUUUCACUUGUAUAGAGACACUGACAACAAAUAUAAGAACAAGUACAGAAGCCUGAUGUUUAACCUUAAAGAUACUAAAAAUAACGUCCUCUUUAAGAGGGUUCUCAAAGGGGAGAUUUCUCCAGGUAACCUGAUUCGAAUGAGUCCCGAGGAACUGGCCUCGAAGGAACUGGCUGCUUGGCGACAGAGAGAGAACAGACAUACAAUUGAGAUGAUUGAAAAAGAGCAAAGGGAGGCAGAGAGACGACCCAUCACCAAGAUCACACACAAAGGUGAAAUUGAAAUUGAAAGCCAGGAACCAGUCAAAGCACCCGAGCCUGUAGAGCUUGAGCCUCCUCCCAAAGUGACAGAAGUCUCAGCAGAGCCUCCCAAAACCCUCGAGAGCAAAGCCGAGAAUACUAAGACGGAGAAAGACACCACCAGCCAACAUAAGUCUCAUUUAUUUGACUUGCACUGCAAAAUUUGCACAGGUCGUAUGGCUCCCCCCGUGGAGGAGGCACCGACCAAAGUGGUCAAAGUUGCUACUACAGUGGUUCGGAGGCAGUCGACAAAAACAGAGGAGACGAAGAGCACGACGCCGCCCACAAUCGAAGAUGACCUCCACCUCACUGUUUUGGAGGAGAGCUUUCGAAAUGCUCAGUCAAGCUAUGAAGGAAGAUUGGAUCAUGCAGCUGGAAGAGACGAAGAAGCUGCUUUCCUUUCCAACCUCAAGUCGCUGUGGCGAGGAUUCAUUCACAUGCACUCGGUGGCAAAACUUGUGACAAAAGCUUUUCCUGUCUCAGGCAUUUUGGAUCACCUGACAGAGGACCUUCCAGACAGCAUUCAAGUUGGUGGGAGGAUAAGUCCUCAGACAGUCUGGGACUACUUGGAGAAGAUUCGGGCAACUGGAACAAAAGAGGUGUGCCUGAUUCGCUUUUCCCCCGAGACAGAGGAAGAUGAGAUCUCCUAUACUCUACUUUAUGCCUACUUCAGCAGUCGUAGACGUUUUGGUGUGGUGUCUAAUAACCUGAAACAAGUGAAGGACAUGUAUCUCAUUCCUUUGGGCGCCACGGAAAAAGUUCCACAUCAGCUUGUUCCCUUUGAUGGGCCAGGUUUGGAAAACAACCGUGCCAACCUUCUCCUCGGGCUCAUAAUUCGCCAAAGACCGAAAAGGGAUUUUCUUCCCGUGGACAUGAAUGAAUCUGCAAGGAUUAUUCCUGAAAUCAAGCCGGUUGCCGUUUCCACAAAAGAAACCAAAACAACGGAGGAGGAUGAGAAAUUCUUCCUAUCUGCCUUGACUACAGCGCAUAAAAAGAAAAGGACAAACCACUUAACACUACUGAAGAAGUUAAUGAGCCAAUUGCGGAGUCUUUUGAAGAACCAUCUGUACCAGAGGAGACCAGCAAUCAGGAAACGCAAAAACCACUUCGCUUUCUUCCAGGUGUGUUAGUGGGCUGGGGUGGAGAAUUGCCACCUCUGCCAGAUGUUGGAGGUAAACCUGCAACAACAGCGCAUGACGCCCCGAAGACCCAUCCUGCUCCGAAAACAGAGGCAGCGACUGCAAACUCAAAAAGCCCGACAGGC